GAAGAAUUUGACCUUCCGAAUUGUUAUGCAUCUGUUGAAGAUGGCCAUGACAUCAUGACGUUUGAGCAGAUCAUGGCUCAAUUAGAUCUUGAUCCGGUUAAGCGAACAAAAGAAGAAAUAAUUAAAGAAGGUCACAAAUGGAUCGAAGAUAAAAUUAAUGAUUAUGAUCCUCACUUUUUUAAAACGAGCCAUUUUGAUAUGAAUGAUGAAUUAUUAGUAUUAAGUACAUUAUAUGCUACUACUGAUGAUAUCGAUCAUGUUCAGCUUGCUACCACUAAAGAUGAAGAAUAUCUUCAAACUAUUCUUUUUGAGGAGAAGAAAAAGAUUAAGCAAAGAACAGAACUAAAAAAAAUUAUUGAAAAAUAUAAUUUAGAUACACUUCUUAAACUUGCAAAAAUGAAGAAGAAGGUAGAAUGGGGUGUCAGCAUGAAUCAAAAGCGAACAUAUAUCAUGAUCGAUGAUUAUCAAAAACAUUUAGAAGAAACAGCACUGCUACAAUUUUUGCAAAAGAAGUCUUAUAUAGAGAAAUGGAAAGAAGGAAAAGAAAAAAUUAAUUAUGAGUCUGUAUACAUAAAAACGUAUUCUGUUGCUGAUGAAACACGAAAGGCUAUUACAAGGCGUGUUAAUUUAUAUCAUUUACGAUGCUUGGAUGCUACUAAACCCAAAGAGAAAUUAAAAAGAUUAUUCUCUAAAUUUAUGGAAAAGAAUCGCGAAUAUCAGAUUGCUUUACGUAUAAAUGAUACUCAUUUGAAAUUAUUUGAAAAAUUUUUUAUGGAUGAAUUUGAAUUUGAAAGGAAUUUUAACAAAAGAAAAAUGAAAUUAUUAAUUAAUGAAGAAGGUUAUUCACAAAUUGUGGAUACUAAUUGUGAUUCGAAUUUACGUUUAUUACAUGAGCAUAGUGAUUUAUUAUUAAACGGGUUUAGAAAGGAUUUUUACGUUAUAUUCGAACGAUUAUCGUGA